UUUAACAACCUGCCUUACUAGUCUGUUGCAAACAUGGAAAACACAAUUUACACAGCUCAAUUGAGACUUUAAUUAUCAGAUAUGUUCGGACUUUGAAGAAUAUGAUUUUAGACACUGCUUUCAUCUACUUGUGCAUUCUGAUCAGUAAAGUUUCAGGUGUGUUUGGUGCUGAUACAGAUGGAGUGAAUUUAAUAUCAGUGACUGAGGGAGAUUCUGUCAUUCUAAACACUGAUCUUACUGGAAUACAAAAUAAUAAUAUAUUAUGGAUGUUUGGACCUCAAGAGACUCGUAUUGCUGAAAUCUUUAGAUGGACCAUUAAUAUGUUUGACAGUAUUGAGACAUUUGGAGACAGACUCCAGAUGGACAGUCAAACUGGAUCUCUGACCAUCAGAAACAUCAGAACUGAACACACUGGACUUUAUAAACUACUGAUCAGCAGCAGUGGAAAAGGGAUCUCAUUAUCAUACAAGAGAUUCAGUGUUACUGUCUAUGCUCGUCUACAUGUUCCUUUUAUCACCAGAGACACUUCAGACUGUUCUUCAUCAUCUAAACGUACAUCAGAGUCCAGAUGUUUACUGGUGUGUUCAGUGUUGAAUGUGAGUGAUGUGACUCUCUCCUGGUAUAAAGGAAUGAGUGUAUUGUCCAGCAUCAGUGUGUCUGAUCUCAGCAUCAGUCUCUCUCUACCUCUGGAUGUGGAAUAUCAGGAUAACAACACUUACAGCUGUGUGAUCAACAAUCCCAUCACACACCAGACCACACGUCUGGACAUCAGUCAACUCUGCCACACAUGUCCAAAACCCCACCAACUUGCGAUACUGGUGAUAACCUGUGGAUUUCUGCUUCUGGCGGUCCAAAUUGUAGUGGUGUUAAAGUUCAGUAGCUGUAUAUUUAACAAACUAGCAAAACGUAAAGCCCAGACUGAAGAACAAAAAGAUUGUGCUAAUGCAACCUUAGAUACGUUACAGGAGGCUGAUCAGGACCGUGGCAUGAGAAAUACCCAUAGCAGGUGAACCCCUCGCAAAUACAAAAGCAAUCUCCCUCCAUCCCCUUGGGGGGGAACACCAAAAUGCAUUCAUUUGUGAUUUCACUAUUGACUCCACCUGUCCAACUUCAUUCCAACUCCUAAAACAAUAUAAUCACGUCUAAACUUGAGUUGAGCUGGUUUGUGGGUUUGUGUGUAUUCUUAUAAACUACGUAUCCAUGAAUUUACGUAUUAAACACUGUAACAAUAAUAAAUAAAGCAAGAACAAGUUUUAGCUAAAAAUUAUCCAGUGCUUCAAUCCAAGCAGCAGACUGCUCUCAUGAAAUGGCGUAUGCAUGACACGCCAAUUCGUAUUUCCAUUUUUGGCGUGCUAUCAUCCUAUCGAUUUAUA